AUGGCCAAGAGAUUUCAUUUGCUAGAGGGUUCUCAAAUAUCUGAUCACGCUGAUCAUAGUCAUAAGCAGAUGUGGGGAGUUACUUUUCCAGUUGAAGGAGCUGGAGAAGGCUACCAAAAUUUUAGUGCUGACAGUUUGUUGGGGUCUGGUGCAUCUGGGAAUGUCUAUAAAGGAACCUCUGAAGUUGAAGGCACGCUAACAAUCAAGAGAGCUCACGCUGAGUCAUACCAAAGCGUUGAAGAAUUUAGAAAUGGUGAAAGUGAGGCUUCCUUAACAGUAAAUCAUCUGAAUCUCGUAGGUUUGAAGGGGUUUUGUGAAGAAUCUGGACUAAAAGGAAGAGGAGGAAGAAAGUUGACGUGGAGGCAAAGAGUAAACACAGCUAUUGGAACAGCUAAAGGAAUAGCUCACUUACAUGAUGGGAUUAAGCCUAGUAUAAUCCACCGUGAUAUAAAACCUAACAACAUCUUAAUUGGAGACGGUUCGAAGCCAAGGUCUCAGAUUUUGGACUCGUGA